AUGAAGGCCUUCAUCAUAACGUUUUGCCUGAUCGGAGCCGCUUUAGCCAACCCGACUGAGUCUUUGUCAGUUUCAGAAUCAGCUGAAAACAACACCUCAGAGAUCCAGAGCUCUGAGGAAAGCAUCUCAAAGCAAAGUUCAGAGUCUGAAUCAGCAGAAACUACUUCAGAAGACAAGACUUCCGAGGAGAGUGACAGUCAAUCAGAUGAGGAAAACGGGAUGAACUCCAGGCCUGAAACCGAGGAUGACAGCAUGGGCAGCCAGGAGAACGUCCGAAAGCAGAGCUGGGUGAGCGUGUUCCCCAGUGUAGUCCAAGCUGUGAGUGCAGAGGACAACACUAGCACAGAGGUCAAAGGUCACUCUAAAGACCGGAGCAAUGAGCUGAGCAAAAAGCACCUGGUCACCCACAAGACAAAGAGUGGCACCAACCAGGCGCUGCUGGACACCACCAGCAACAGUAUGGAUGUUUCAGCAGCAACCAGCAACAGCAGCGAGAGCGAGAGCAGUGAGAGCCACGAAAGCCACGAGAGUCAUGAGAGUCAUGAGAGUCAUGAGAGUCAUGAGAGUCAUGAGAGUCAUGAGAAUGACACGAGCAGCGAGAGCACGGAGGACAGUAACGACAGCAACAGCUUGGAACAGAUCCAUACCAAGGACUGUGUGAACGGCACGCAGAGCUGUGAGAGUGAGGAGCUCUUCCAGCAGAGCGUAGGAGACGAUGCUCACUUCUCAGUGGGCGAUUUGCACGUGCCCGAUGAGGAUGAUGGCGAGCUCAGACUGAGGAGAUAA